CACAUUAAUGUCACAGGCCUCUCAUGUUUUUCCCUGAAGUGACGUAGGCACUGAAGACUUGCUUUAAACAGGCCUAGGGUCAUUUUCACCCGGGCUCUUGUUCUGCAGGGCCACAUUAAAGCGCUGCUGGGGGCCUGGUCACGUGAUUAACCCCUAUCUCCAGCAGAAAGUCGUCAAUCUCUCCUAGAAGAAAGUUCACAUUACUUUAGUGCUGCAUAGAAGUGUUCCUGUGAGUGUGUAGUGCAUGCUUUGAAAUAAGUGUAUAAGACAUACAUGUACUUACCCCAGUGCAGCCUGUUAUUUAGGGUUGACUCACGAUAUAUUCAUGAGUCAUGACCAGAGCUGGGCCACUUGGCUUCCACGUUUGUGAUAAUAUGUGCAGCAUCACAUAUGAUCUUGGUGGUGUAAACAAUGAUACGUCAGUUACAGUGCCCAUUAGAAAGAGUAAUCAGUGCACCUCCACAUUUAUUAGUUUAUUUCAGGUCACAGCAAAAUGUUAUUAACUGAUCAUCAUUUUCCAGAUUAGAAUUACUAAAACAAACUAAAUAAUUAAAUACCACAUACCUGCAAUCCUGUGAAACUCCUCUUUAAUGGCUCAUUUUGACAUUUUGGUCUCUGCGCGAAGGAAACAGGUGAACUCUAUGAAUAAACUGAAAGAUUAAAUGAGGUAUUUAAACACUGUUCUCUUUAAAAAGGGGCGGAGACCGAAGGAAACUCUGGGUUUCCUGAAUAAAACCUGCUCCCGACCCUUAUUUCGGGGUUAAAAAACUCAGAGUUUCCACCUCCUUCUUGAAACGGGCCCCAGAUUGGCUGCGUAGUCCUAGAUCAACUUGAGUGACGUCAUCCUGAACCUGGAGCAGCUGUAGGAGAGAGCAGUGGAUGCUCAGGUAGGUUAACUUUUUAAACUCCAACUUUUCAGCUUCACCUCACCUCACACGAGGACCUAUUUUGGACCUGCUGGGGCUAAAACACUGAGCCAACGCAACUAAAAGGAACCAACCUGCAGCAUUAACUAAUGCUUAAAUGCUCUGACUGUCUGCCAGAAAUCGGCUGCCGUACAGGAGCGUGCAUCGACUGGUAAAUGUGAAGUCAAAUUAGGGUUACAUUACAUUUGUAUGUGCGUAAACGGAUUUGUACUUGUAGACUUAGUGGGGCUAUACCAUGCUUAUACUUAUAAUUUGGGGCGUUAAAAUUACGCACAAAUCGUGGAUAAAUUUCCACGUAAAAUAACGUGACCGUAAUUUGCCUCCACGCUCUAAUUGGCUAAUGGACAAGAAGUGGCCCCAGUCCUUUGACGCGGCACAGCAGGUCCUGAAAGCUCCACAAGCAGCAACAAGCUAGUCCACUGACUGAUGAUUUUAAUUAUAUUUAAUGAACAGACUGACAUGACGGCUCAUAUUCAUGUGUAUGAAGUGUGACGUUACUCUCGUGAUUUGCGGAGGUGAUGCAGUUGCGCGAAACGGGUGUUUCUAUCAUAGUUAAUGUAGCAUGUUAGCCGACAGGCUAUUAGCAAUGCCAUGCUAUGUUACGAUGCAGCUGGAAUUAAGUUUGCAGCAUUCACUUUCAACCGUCAGCUGAGACCUGCACCGUUCUGCUUCGCUUCCUGUUAUAGGCGCUAACAGCGCCUGCCGGCAGGCCAGAAAACAAAGAGGAAGUUAAGGCUAAAGGGUGCAGGGCCAUCGCGUCUCAAAAGUGCUUCGCCAGAGAGGGCCGAGUGUGGCUGUUCUCGGAGUUACAGACGUUCUGCACAGACGAGACAUCUUGCAUGAAACUGUGCAACCACCUCCGGAGUAGAGGACUCCUAAUCUUCAACAACCCUCAGGGCGGAAAGAGCUCUUACUCCGCUGUGGAGGCGCUAAAGCGUCUAGAGGAGGACGAUGCGAGCUCAGUAUGCGUGUUGGACUCGGAGUCCGAAGACGAAGCUCUUAUUCAUCCUUUGUGCAUUGCGACGGAGGACGAAGUUCCGGACGCAACAUUAAAAAGGCCAGAAAACAUUAGCAUGGUCUGGCAGUUUUCCUCAAUUCAAAGUCUGUCAAGGAAGAAAUACACGGUCUUCUGCCUCAUUUGCAACAAACCGCAGCAAUCUAUUUCAACCCACCUGAGCAGGGUGUGCAUGCAACGCAGCACCCCAGAGGAAGUUAAGGCUGAAGGGUGCAGGGCCAUCGCGUCUCAAAAGUGCUUCGCCAGAGAGGGCUGAGUGUGGCUGUUCUCGGAGUUACAGACGUUCUGCACGGACGAGACAUCUUGCAUGAAACUGUGCGACCACCUCCGGAGUAGAGGACUCCUAAUCUUCAACAACUCCCUGGGCUGUCCUACAGCCCAGCCGACACACAGGUCAGGCGUACUUGUGCUGGCAAAGCCAGACAUUCAGCACAUCCGACAGAAGUUGAUGGGCAGUGACACUGUCCCCCACACUGCAGCCACAACCUUCAGGCAUUACUGCCAGGCCAUACUAAUGUGGAGGCAUCAGCUGACAGCAAGUGCAGUGAAGACAUUCUGUGUAAAUGACUGGCUGGACAGGAAGUCAGUUGCCUCUGGUGUCUGCAUCCAGCUGAACGGUUCCAGAACAAAGAGGAGCAUCAUAUUGACGGGGGAGGAAGAGGAAUUCCUGGAGUGCUACCUGCUUAAACUCAGGCCACUGUCCCUCCGACGUCAGGAUCAGGACAGUGACGAUAAAGGCAGAUUCUUCCUGGGGGACUCUGGACUCCCCCUGUGCAACCCAUCGGGAGAUCUACGACGUCUGAGGGACAAGUAUCUUCAGCCUGUGUCUGAGGGCCCUGGUGCAGAUUCAGUAUCAGACCCGCCAACAGGACAAGCCAGCGCAUCCAUGUCCAUGCAGGAGUGGGAUGCUUUCAUGAAGGCCUUCCCAAUGUCAUUACACGGUAAUGCACCUUCACGGGACAAAUGCGUUGAGGCUGGGUAUCCUCGCUACCGGCCGUACUAUGUCAAGUGGAGGGACCUCCAGCUGCGGCAGCGCGCCAGUUACAUGAGCCGUUCUCUAAGCAAGACGUCUGGUCGCCCCCAUAAAGCCAGUAUCCAGUCAGCACUGGACAAGGAGUCAUGGACUACGAACAGACCUCUUGUGCACGAUGUUCUGAAGGCCUGGGUUCCACCAGAACGGCAGCUGAAAGACACCUGGUCCAUCUUGACUUCCGUUAUGAAACAGAAAUGGAAGGGCCUGGCUAUAAAAGAUUUUGGAAUGCCAAAGGGAAAAGGUGUGGUUGCGGUGAUGCCCUUCAGCAAAGAGGUAGUCAUAUGCGACUAUCACGACACUGUGACAUCUGAAGCUGAAGGCAAACAGAAGAGACAGUCGGGCUUUCUUUUUUUCAUCAAGGGGAAGGAGACAAAAGCAUUGUGCAUAGAAGCCAAGGCGUCCCCCUGCACAUGUCAUCCCUCUCUGGUCAUUUAUGGCAGGAUGAUAAAUCACUCAAAACAAUUGCCGAAUGUAAAGCCGCACCUCCAUAGGAUCGAUUUUCCAGAUGGGCCACAAGAGGCUGUACUGUUCAUAGCGAAAAGAGACAUUAGGCCUGGUGAAGAGCUGCUGUGUGACUAUUCUGUAACCAGAGCAGUUGUCAACUGAGAUCCACCAAGGACAGGAUCUGCAAUGCCUUGACACCCGAGUCUGUCGAGGAGGAGGAGGUCAUCAUUCUUGUGUGGUGUGCGAGUGCCGCUGGUGGUGUUGCUGCUAAAUUAAGUUCAUUUACCUUUAAGUCCUUACAAUCUGCUAAACAAAACAUUUGUUAAAUUGACUUGCUUUUCACAACAGUUUAAUACAGAGUUGAAAAUACAGUUUCAGUUAAGUUACAGCACUAUACAAAAUGAGAAGAGUGCGUAUUGUGCACUGUAUCGUUUACACAAAUACUUAACAGUGAACAUGCUCAACAUAACCACUGGUGCAGUGUGUGAGUUAUUGACUGGGAGUGGUGAUGAAAUGUACCUCUGCAUUUGACCCAUUUGGGAGGAAAGUCCUUUGUUAAACAUAACGUCCUGGGACCUGAGUGGCAAAGUAGAAACUCUUUGAUAAGCAAACACUUGACGGCCCCCCCAGGAACAACUUGCACCUGAAAGGCACAGCAUCUCAUCAUUUCAAAAUGUCCCACGAUCUAUAGAUGUGCUAAUGGUCUGCAGGCUGUGAAUAGCAUGGGCGCCAUUGUCUGAUAAAAUCUGACCUCAC